CCUUCCUCAGCUCUCCGCAGCCUGCGCGUCCCCGUGCCUUCCUGAACGCGCAGCCGCGGCGAGCGCUCGCAAAGAUGGCGGCCUUCAGCAAGUCCAUUCCGCAUACGUGCUACGAGAUCGGGCACACUUGGAACUCGUCCUGCACCGUGUCUAGCCUGCAGGUGACGGCUGGGGCGCUGGAGGUCUCCUUUAAGAUAUACGCGCCGCUGUACCUCAUCGCUGCCAUCCUGCGGAGGAGGAAGAGGGAUUACUAUGUGAAGAGGCUGCUGCCUGAGAUCCUGCAGAGCGCCUCCUUCCUGACGGCCAACGGGGGUCUCUAUAUCGCCUUCUUCUGCAUCCUCAGGAGGAUUCUGGGUAGGUUUUACUCCUGGUCAGCGGGAUUUGGAGCAGCACUGCCUGCAUCCUACCUCGCCAUCCUGAUUGAGCGGAAGAGCAGGCGGGGGCUCCUCACCAUAUACAUGGCCAACCUGGCCACGGAGACGAUAUUCCGCAUGGGUGCCACCAGAGGAAUCAUCACUCCAAUCAAGCAUGGCGAGGUCCUGCUCUUCUGCAUCACAGCCGCUCUCUACAUGUUCUUCUUCAGGUGUAAAGACGGACUGCAGGGAUUUACGUUCUCUGCCCUGAAGUUCAUUGUGGGCAAAGAGGAGAUUCCCACACACUCAUUUCUGGCAGAGCACACAUACCCAAAGGGCCCAGAGGGGGGCGCUGUGGGGCCAAAACAAGACCGGCCUCGUGUCCUGUCUACCUCCAGUAUUUCUUCCAUCACGGACCUGACCAGGAGACUGCUGGAGUCUGUAUGUAAACACGGCCCCCGGCACAGGUGCUGCAAGCACUACGGUGACAACUGCAUCAGCUACUGCGUGAAGGGCUUCGUGCGCAUGUUCAGCGUGGGCUACCUGAUCCAGUGCUGCCUGAGGGUGCCUUCAGCCUUCCGACACGCCUUCACCCGUCCGUCCCGCCUGCUUUCCCUCCUCUACAAUAAGGAGAACUUCCAGCUGGGGGCGUUCCUCGGUUCCUUUGUCAGCAUUUACAAGGGAACUAGCUGUUUUCUCCGGUGGGUGCGUAACCUUGACGAUGAGCUGCACGCACUCAUUGCUGGAUUCUUGGCUGGGGUCUCCAUGUUCUUCUACAAGAGCACCACCAUCUCCAUGUACCUUUUCUCCAAGCUGGUGGAGACCGUUUACUUUAAGGGCAUCGAGGCAGGCCGGGUCCCCUACUUUCCACACGCUGACACUUUGAUCUAUGCUGUCUCCACAGCAAUCUGCUUCCAGGCGGCUGUGAUGGAGGUACAGAAUCUGCGGCCCUCUUACUGGAAGUUUCUCCUGCGGCUUACGAAGGGCAGGUUCUCCCUGAUGAACCGCCGGGUUCUGGACAUCUUCGGCACUCAGGCCUCACAGGAGUUUCAGGAUUUUGUGCCCCAGUUGGACCCCAGAUACACCUUAAUGCCCCCCGGUGUGGAGGGGCAUCUCGGCUGAGUUGGGGUGGCCCUGGGGUGGGUCUGGUGGAUCUAAGGACUCGACCGCACCCCUCAUGCAGCGUGAUCAGUGUUACCUUCAUGUGAGCCUGUGGAAACGCUUUACCUGAAGUGCCUUCAGCUUGACCGCCGUGAUGCCAGCCAAACAUGCCCCCUAUUGUCACGGCACUAGGGGGUGCCACUGAGUCACCUUAAGCUGGUAUAACGUGGGCUGUGCUGAAGGCGGUCAGGUAAAGGGUUCCCAUUAGCGUGUCUGACAUAGAAGGACUGGGCAGAGACCAACUUAAACCCAACACAUGUGAGUCCAAAUGCGAUUUUCCACAGAUCCUUCACUGAAUGGUUUGGCAUCGAUGAUUGUAGUACUUUGCAGUUACGUAUUGAUAUAUUGAAUAUGGAUCGAACGGCAGGUAAAAUAACGAAAAUCUUCUUAUCUGAAUUCAAAUGCAAUUCUGUGUUUGAGUUUAAUCUCAUUAAUUUACAAUCAAAUCUAACCAGUAUGAUUAGCUAAGUCAGGCUCUCCUGAGAUAUAUCUGUAGAUGUCUUUUUAAACAGUGGAAGCAGGGCUUUUAAAAUCCCUGUAUAAAGUGAGGCUUUUAGUUUCUCCUGACUGCCCAUUUUAAAGUGAUGUCACACGUAUGGAUGGGAGACCCAGACCCACGGGCCUGUAGUGCAGUAUGACUGCCCCCACGCUGGGUUAAAUGCGAAGGGCCCUCCCCCACGGCCCUUGCGGGACUGUGACUGUGCAAGCUGCCAAUAGCUGACAGUACCCUGAGAUCUGAGAUCUAGCAAUGAAUAAAUGAGAGGCGAAUUAAGAUCAGUCUAAUAAGGAAUGUGUUCAUCUUUCACAGAACUGGAUGUAACAUCGGGAACAAUAAAGCAGCCUGUUUGAGCGGCUUUCGGGUGACAUUU